AUGAGAAAAAUAAUACCUCUUUUGUACUCGGUAAUUAUAUUUUUUGUUUUUAAAAGUUGGUCCUAUAAAUAUACUGUUGAGGGGAAAGAAGUAAAAGUAAUAUAUACGAAUGAUUCUAAUAAAAAUAAAAAGAAGAAUGAAUUGAAUAAUUUUCAAUAUAUAUUUUUAAAUGAGAAUGAAGAGAAUUAUAAUAUUAGUAGUUCUGAUUUGAAUGAUAUAAAUAUAGAAGAAGAGGAUAUAUAUUUUUAUAAAAGUUUUACAAAAAUAAUAAAUUAUUUUAAAUACCGAAUUCCAGCUAAUAUAAAUUUUACAUUUGAAUAUAAUGAUGGUGAUAUAAUAUUAUUGGAUAAAAAGAAGAAAGGUGUUUCUUGUAAAAUAAAUAAUUUAUUUUAUUCAGAAUCUGGUUUAAAAUAUUUAGAUAGAAAGAAUGAAUUAUAUGUAAAAAGUGAGGCAUUUGUUAUAAAACAUGGAAAUCAAGAAAAUAAUACGAAUAAUGAUAAAAAUGAAGGUAUGAAUCAUCGUAACAAUAACAAUAAUAAUAAUAAUUACAAUAAUAAUUACAAUAAUAAUAAUAAUUAUAACAAUUAUUAUAAUAAUUCUUUUAAUUCUUCCGUGAGAGAAGAUGAAUUUAUUAGUGGUACUGCUCUAUGCGAAAAUCGAAAUAAGAACUAUCUCCCAAAAAAGAUGCUAUGUUUUCCUUCAUCAAAUAAAAAUAACGAAUUGAAUAUUACAUUUAUAAAAAAUGAAGAAUAUAAAGAACUUAUGGAAUUAUACAUGACAGGUAUUAAAAAGGACAACACUUAUUUGUUAAAAAAGAUAGCUAAUUAUUUUAAAAGUAUAUUAAAUUUAGAUUAUGAUGUUAAGAAUAUAUCAUAUUAUAUUUUUUGUAAAACAUUACAAUGUAAUUUACAAAAUGUGUUUGUUUUACCAUAUGAAAGUGAAGAAGAAUAUAAAAUUCAGAAUAUUAUAUGGUCUUAUAAUAAUGAACAGAUUGCUUUAAAUAAUAGUUUUAUGUACAAUAAUAUUUUGGGAAAUGAAAAAAUAGGAAAUCGAAAUAUUAUAUGGAGACAUGAAAAUAAUAAUAUUGUAAAACAUAAUAUUUCUAAAUGUAAUAGCAUAUUUUUUAAUGAAAUGGAAUAUUACAAUUGUUAUAAAAAUUUGGAAAAUGUAUAUGAAAUAUUAUUAUAUAAAGAAACAAAUGUAUUAAAUAAAUAUAUUACAAAUAAAUCUAUAAUAAAAAAUAUAUCAUCUGUUAAUCAGUAUACAGCUAUAUUUUAUGAUGAUAAUGAUUAUGUUAUAUUAUUAAAAGAUUAUAAAUAUUAUAUAUCUUUUCAAUUAAAAAAUAUAAUUGAUCUAGUUUUAUUUCAGGAUUCAAUAAAUGAAAUAUCCUUUUAUUAUAUAAAUUUUGAAAGUAAUAAUAUGUUGUUAAGAAUAUAUAAAUGUGCUAUAAAUAAUAAUGAGGUCAAAUGUGCAGACAUAUCUUAUAUUCCGUAUGAAAUCAAUGCUAAGGAGAAAUUUAUAUAUUUAUCAACAAACCAGAAGAAGGACGUAUCAUCUGUUUUUGUAAGUACUAACACGAAAGUGUGGAAAAUAUACCACACAAAACAAGAAAAUGAUAAUAAUAAUAAUAAUAAUAAUAAUAAUAAUAAUAAUAACAACAACAAUAAUAACAAUAACAACAACAAUAAUAACAAUAAUAAUAACAAUAAUGAUAAUAAUUUGUAUAGUAGAAAACUUAUUGAUUCCAUACAAAAUACGAAUGAAGAAUAUUUUGGACAUAUUAAUUGUUACGGUAUCGAAGCAACAUAUGAAAGAAAACUCUUUUCCAAAUAUUUAAAUAAUAUACCUGAUGAUAAUAAAAAUGUUGUAGGAUGUUCAUACCUUAAAUAUUAUAUUAAUAGUUCAUCCAAAGCUUUAUUAAUUUCAUUUAUUGAAAAUGCUCAUUUUAUACAACGUACAUAUCAUGUUGUCAAAAAUAAAAAUAUUAUUGUAUCUAGUGGUACUACUAAGUUAAUUAUAAGAGUUAACGAACUUUUCGAUAUGAUAAUUAUGUUUGUUAUAUUCUUGAUCCUCCUCUUGAGUGUCUACUUAAUAUAUAAAAUUCUCUUUACUAAAAAAAUGAAGGUAAGACGAAUGAAGCAUUAUUUCUUCGACGAUGCCAAAAAUAGCUGUCCCUCGACUGUAGGCCAUUGA